AUGGCGACAUGGCGACGUGAUGGCCGGCUCACUGGCAGCCAGCGGCUGCUGUGCGCGGGGCUGGCAGGCAUGCUCAGUUUGAGCCUCACCGCGCCGCUGGAGCUCGCCACCGUGCUAGCCCAGGUCGGCGUGGUGAGGGGUCGUGGCCGGGGACCGUGGGCCGCGGGGCUCGGCGUCUGGCGAGCGGAGGGGCCCAGGGCUCUGUGGAAGGGGAACACGGUGGCGUGCCUGCGCCUCUUCCCUUACAGCGCCGUGCAACUCACCGCCUACCGCAAGUUUGUCGUACUCUUCAUGGAUGACCUGGGCCAUAUUUCCCAGUGGAGUGCCAUCAUGGCUGGAAGUCUCGCAGGCAUGGUUUCCACCAUUGUAACGUAUCCUACAGACCUCAUCAAAACACGCUUAAUUGUGCAGAAUAUGCUGGAACCAUCUUAUAAAGGGAUCCUCCAUGCUUUUUCUACUGUUUAUCAACAGGAAGGAUUCCUGGCCCUUUAUCGAGGAGUUUCCCUUACAGUUUUAGGUGCUCUCCCUUUCUCUGCUGGCUCUCUUCUAGUUUACAUGAAUUUGGAAAAAAUCUGGAAUGGACCCCGAGAUCACUUCUCUCUCCUCCAGAACUUUGCCAACAUCUGCCUAGCUGCUGCGGUGACCCAGACGCUCUCCUUUCCAUGUGAUACAGUGAAGAGAAAGAUGCAGGCUCAGAGCCCCUUUCUUCCCCGCGGUGGAGGAGUAGAUGUCCAUUUCUCAGGAGCCACGGACUGCUUCCGGCAGAUAGUGAAGGCCCAUGGGGUACUGGGGCUCUGGAAUGGAUUGGCAGCCAAUUUACUGAAGAUAGUUCCCUAUUUUGGCGUUAUGUUUGGUACCUUUGAGUUCUGCAAGAGAAUCUGUCUCUACCACAAUGGUUACAUUGUGUCUCCUCUGAGCUAUAAAUUGACUCCAGGGGUAGAUCAGAGUUUGAAACCCCAGGAAUUACGGGAAUUAAAGAAGUUCUUCAAAACUGGAAAACUAAAUUCUAGAAAACCAACUCUUUAA